AUGAGCUUUACGAGAUUGCCGGUGCUUUUGCCAAGCUGGCGACUGACCCUCGAGCACCAGGUGCUUCUUCAGUUUAUGAAGAGGCAGAGGCGACACUUGGGAAUGCCGCUGGGCAAGAAUACUGCUGUUGCAACAGUGCCUGUUCGUCGGCUAGAUGCACAUGAAGACUUGUGUGCACGAGUGUUCCAGGCGAUCAGUAAGUGGGAGAGCGGAGCAAUCACAGCUCCGGCCAUAGUGGAAGAAAAGGCGAGGCUGAGACUUGGUCGGGCGCGGGCCCGGAUAGCACUGAACGAUAUGGUCGGCGGCAGCCUUCCGGAGAAGGCAAAGGGAGCCGUCGAGGACUACGACGUUGCUAUCGGAAUCAUGGAGGAUGACUUGCGACGGAAUCCCGACAAGCUCAUGUACAGUUGCUUGGACGACCGAAGCAAAUCCUUGUUCUUUCGGGUCUCGGAUAGAACGCGCGACCAGUGCGGAGUGUCGGAGAAAACAUGGGUGGAGCGAGGUGAAUAUCCGGAUGCCCUGGUCAAGAGGGGCUUGGCGCAAGAGGAGCUCAAGAAUUGGGGGGGCGCAGCGCAAGACUACACGAAGGCGAUUGAUGCCUUGCGGCCCAAAGAUGGAAGGCCUGACAAGGCUAUGAAGGGGGAUGAGGGUGAUGGUCUUGGUAUGAAUCCUUUGAUACUGAACUUCCGCGGGAAUGCCCUCAGCCAGCUGGGCAGAUACGACGAGGCAGUGGAAGACUACCGUGAAGCUACGCAAAUCUUCGACAACGACGGGGAGGUGCGACAGGCCUCCUUCUCCCGUGCCAACGAGGCUCUCGCUCUGUUCGGUGCUGGCAGGGACGCGGAGGCGGAAAAGGUGAUGCAAGUAGUCGUGCGGAACGAUCCCGGCGUCACAGACGCACAUGUUGCUUUGGCGGCCUCGUACUGGUCGCAGCGGAAGAUUGCAGAAGCCGAGUCGCAGUGGAAGUUCGCAUGCGAGAACAUUGACACUGGCUGCCAAUCCUACAAGGAUCUGAAAUGGGUUGCGGAAAUUCGGCGCUGGCCACCGUCGCUGGUGGCCUCGCUCAGAGAUUUCCUCCAGGGCAAGACCAGUUAA